GGGGGCGCUCGUCGCAGAGCAGCGUGCCGGUGCAGCGGCGUCCAUAUAAAACCAGCCCGGAAGCCUUAAAUCAGUGCAGUAAAACGAAGCAAGGGUAAAUGUUUGAGGAAGUAUCGGUGUGUUGGUUCAACACUUAAAAGAGAGAUGCAGUGCCUGUCCAUAUCACAGAAACAGAACCAGGUUUACAUGAGAUCCCACUGACACAGGAAAGAUUUGCACUUUUCUGCCAGCGGCGGAUCACUUCAAGCCAACAUGUCUCAUCGGGGGCCUUUAACCGCUGUCAUAACAGUACUAGGAGUGACCUUAGGCGGGCUGCUCAUAUGGCGAGUUUACCGAACAAAAAGGAAGCGGCUGCCUUCCGUCCAGAAGGCGGUCGAUCCUGCGGAGGCUCCGUGUCCUGUGGAGAAGGACUUCACGGCUGUGGAGCAUCGAAACAACCAACCGCCACGUCUCCUGGAGAAGGAGUUCAAGGCUGUGGAGUGUCAGACCACACAGCAGCCUCCACCCGUACAGAUGCCGUCCUCUGAACAGCUGAUGGCGGUGAAACCGGUGAUGGUGAGCUCCGAGGAGGAAUGGCAGCAGCUGUGGCCUCUGAUGCAACAGGAGCUGUCGGUGUUCCCCGUGCUGGGGCUCGACUGUGAAUGGGUAAAGAACAAAGGCGUGUCUGUGAAGGGUCGAACCUCUGCGGUCUCCCUGUUACAGAUGGCCACAUAUUCGGGUCUGUGUGUGCUGGUGAGGCUGCUGGCGUUUCGCGGCGGCCAGCAGCCGUUCCCUCUCAGCCUAAUGGAAGUCCUGAGGGACCCGCACAUCCUGAAGGUCGGCGUCGGAUGUUAUGAAGAUGGAAAGCGGCUGACGCGAGACUACGGUCUGUCGCUGACGUGCACGGUUGACCUGCGCUACCUUGCCUUAAGACAAAGGCAAGCUCCAGUGAAUAACGGCCUCAGCCUGAAGUCUCUGGCAGAAGAUCUGUUGAACGUGUCUCUAGAUAAAUCCCUGGAGCUGCGCUGCAGCGACUGGGAGGCGGAUCAACUGACGCCGAAGCAGAUGACCUACGCUGCCAGAGAUGCCCAAGUCUCCAUCGCUCUCUUCCUCCAUCUCCUCGGCCUCGACUCUCCCAGCGGGGGCUCUUACUCCGAGCUGGCCGCCCGCUGUCAGGGCCUGGUGGACGUGCCCUUCAAGAGCCGUGGAGACGGAGACGACAGGGCGUCCGACGGAGAGAGGAGGCGGAAGACGUGGAAAACGCCCACUUUUGAAAGCCCGGAGUCUGGAGAUCAGCAAGUCCCAGACCCCCGAAAGAACAACAAGAGGAAACCGCUGGGUGUGGGCUAUUCCGCCAGGAAGUCUCCUCUCUAUGAUAACUGCUUCCUCCACGCUCCUGACGGCCAGCCGCUGUGCACCUGCGACAAGAAGAAAGCCAAAUGGUACCUAGAUAAAGGAAUAGGAGUGCUCCAGAGCGAAGAGCCUUUCGUAGUGCGGCUGCUGUUUGAGCCGUCGGGACGUCCCGACUCCCAACAGGACUAUUAUCUCACCGCGAAGGAGAAUCUCUGCGUGGUCUGCGGCAAAGCAGAUUCCUACAUCAGGAAAAACAUAGUGCCGCAUGAGUACAGGCGGCACUUUCCCACCGAGAUGAAGGACCACAACUCCCACGACAUCCUGCUGCUCUGCACCAGCUGCCACGCCGCCUCCAACGUGCACGACGGCUUCCUGAAGCAGCGUUUGGCCGAGGAGUUCGCCGCCCCUCAGGGCUGCGAGGAGGGCGUCCGCCUGCUGGAGGACUCGGACCGACGGCGGGUGCGUUCGGCGGCUCGGGCUCUGCUCACCGCCGGGGAGGGACUGCCGGAGCAGCGACGAGAAGAGCUGCAGGGUUUGAUCAAGAGUUACCUCGACGCCGACGAGGAGCAGGAGCUGACGGAGGAGGCGCUGCAGGAGGCCGCCGGUCUGGAGACGAGGAUUUUCAACGAGGCCUACGUGCCUCACGGUCUGAAGGUGGUGCGUGCCAGCGCCGAGCGGGGCCUUCAGGGCCUGAUGGAGCUGGAGCGCCGCUGGAGGCAGCACUUCCUCGCGGCCAUGCAGCCGCGCCACCUCCCUCCGCUCUGGGCCAUCGACCACAACCACAGCAAGUUCCUCCGCAAAUACGGAGAGGACCUGCCCAUCAAACUCAACUGAUCCACUGACCACAAGCUGCUACCGACCACCACAGGAAGCUACAUUUUCCUCAUCUGCCGGUUAAAGAGCCGGAUGGAUUUGAGACUCCUGCAGCCACUCCGUUAAUUCUACAAGCCAAAUCACUUCUUUUUUUUGUUGUGAGUGGAUGAAUGAACUAUCUACCAGCAUAAAAAAAACAAAGGAAACGUUACCAGCAUGUUCAACUUCCCGAGAUGAGUGCGUGUACGUGAAUACACUAUCUGUGUUGGACGACGUUUCACUCUUGUGUGUAGUGUGACGCUGCUAGGCUGCCUGGAUCCUGAAUGAACUUCAAGCAGAGACUUGUGGGGGGGGAAAUCCAGUACUGAAUCUGAAAAAAACAACAUAAUGUGAUUGCAUAUGGACACUUUUUUUAUCAUGAAAAAUGUAUAAUUAUUUAUGAAAAGUUAACACUAUAUUAAAUUUAUGAAAUGAUUUUUAGAAGAAGCUGCAGCCUGCUCUUAAUAUCCCCCGCCUCUACAUUUAACUACCACCCCUCCCCCCACCCCCUCCUGCAGGUUUGCAGCUAUCAGUCUGAGAAUAAAUGCUUUGCUUUGCAUAAAGGGGUCAUCUUAAUAGGACCUUUAAAUUAUCUGGCGCUCCACUCUGCUUUCGUUUUCAGUCUAUUGUCUGUUUUAAGUCGAUAGAUGAAAGUUUCCCAGAAGCGUCUUGAAAUCAAACGUCGUCUCGUUUCCUAUUUAAAGAGACGAGUUUUGGUCUCAAGGUGCCUUUUGCAGGGCGGAGACGAACGCUGAUCACACUAGCGCCGGCUGCUCCGGUUCAUCAUGUCAAACUCCCGAUUGUUUGCGUGGUGCUGCUGCUCCUCCCGACGGUUGGGACAUCUUCCUGGCUCGUGUUUUAAUGGGCCUCUUAAUCCCCAAACCUGACCGGAGUCCCGCCGCAGCAUCUCGUUCUCACUUUACAGCCGUUUCACCACGACGUCGUUUUACAGAAUCCAAAAAUGCACAGUGAAGAAAAUAAGCCGACUCUAAUGUGAUUUUAGAAAGUUAAACCCCUUUUUUUGAUUUAUCUUUUUUGAGCUGAUGAUACAUUUAUUUACAAUACAGCUGCUCUGUCUGCGUAUUUUUCUGGAUGUAAGCCCUGAAGCUGUUGUGUUUUCCUAAAAUUGUGAAUGAUGCAAAAAAUUAAA